AAAUAAUCAUCAUAAAUAAAGAACCGGUUCCUUUUAUAUCGUUCUAGAAUGCUAUAGUGUGGAAAUCUCUAUUCCUUCUUUUUUAAUUACAAAUAAAGCACGAAUUCGUUUAUUUCAAUAUCAUGUUCCAGUGAUUUCUGGAUUAGAAUUCCAUCAGAUGAUUAAUGAAGAAGAUUACUUGAAAAGCGUAAAACCAACAAGAGUUAACUUUAUUCAUAUGAAGAAUAGAAGAAACGUAUACCAAUUUUCAAAAAUAUUUGAAAAAAGUUGGUACCCGACUCUUUAACUCUUACAAAGUAUUAUCAUUCACCGUAUUAAGUCUAACAAAAAUAACAUCACAUCACACACUACUCUUCUUUUAGUCAUUCUGAUCCAGUACUAUUGAUUCAAGUGAUCCAGUAAAAUCUCUAUAAAAGGAUUUCAGUAAUUUUUAAAAAAAAUAAGGGGUGAAAAGUAUGACACGGAUUGGCUUAUUCUUUUAUGUUUUCUAGUGGAACAAUAUUCCUUUUGUGUACUUUGUUAAAAGAAUUUAUUUUUGUUUUAAAAGUACAAACGAAUUUCAAGCAUUCGUUCUAUGCGUGUAUUAUCGUAUAUCAAAUCUGAAACUCCUAAAUUAUCCUCACUUUAUCGAGAUCCCUUUGUCAAGUUAUCUGACAAUGACUUAACAUCUACGGGUUUCAAAGGCUGGGCUACCGUUUUGUUGACCCACGGAGCAACCUUAGGCUGUUGGUAUUUUGAAACGACUGUUUGCUCGGAUGAUACAUACUGGCAAAGUUCAAGUAGUAAUUUAGUUGACUCUUUUUGUGGUUGGAACACUUCUUUAUUAAAGACACAACCUCAUGUCCGAGUAGGCUGGAGUUCUCGUUAUGCACGUUUUGAUGAACCUAUAGGGACAAAUCAAUUUGGUGUUUCAUUGAGAGAUGUUGAUGGUUCAGUUUGCUUCAAUAAACAUCGUUUAUCGUAUGCUGAUAUUCCUAUAGAAUCCAAAAGUGUCAUAGGGUGUGGACUCAUUUUAGGACCUUGUGAUAUUCGUCUACCAGAUCCCCGGUUAAAACCUGAACUUCAUCCUUUUCUUGAAAAUGGUCUACUUUGUGAUCCUUUACAUCCUCCUCAACCUUCAACUCAUUCAUUAGCAAAAAUUCAGUAUAGUAUUAACGGGAAAGAAUUCAAAUGUCUGCCUUUGGAUCUUCCAGCUGUGAUGUACCAUCCUGGAAUAUCUUUAUAUAUGAAGGCGAAAUGCCAAAUUAAUAUAGGUCCAGAAUUUGUUUACCCUGUACCGAACCUUGCUUCGGAUAUUCAAAAAAUAACGGGAUUCGACUCUUAUCGUGCUGCAUGCUACCUUGAGACACCUGAAAUUUAGGUUUAUUUAAUAAUUUAAGCAAAACAC